UAAUAUUUAUAGUGUAUUAUUUAUGUUUAUUCCCAUAUUUAGCUCGUGCACAUUUAUAUUUUGUGUUUUUAGGGUUUUUUGGUAAAACAGCAGCUGAGUUUCUGUUAAUUUCCAAGCAAAAAAUAUGGAUAAAUGUCCGCCUCAUCUUCUGCAUUUGUACUUGCUGAAGAGCAGAUGAUUUUUUAAAAGCUGUCUGAUUAUCCAGCACUACCCCCCACACCCCCACCCUGCUGACCCUGGGUGUGAGCGUAAGGCCGUGCCGUGUGUGAAAUGUGGCCCACAACUGACCGCCCUCCCAUAGAGAGCACUCAUUUGUGUCACUUCACACACACAAAAAAAUCUGGAAUUCCUCAUCCGUUCAGUCAGUGUGUCAGGGUUACACCAGAACGCGCACACUCACGCGCACCGCGGCUGAAAUGCAUCCCGAGCCGGGAAAUCAACAAAUCAUAAAUCAGCCGAUUUGUGCGCAGCGUGGAUGUCAGAGAUCAGCUUCAGCAUUCCUCCUCUGCAGCUGCAGGAGAGGAGACAAGAAUGAUUUGUUUUCCAAAGAUGAUGCGGAGGUUCUGUUGAUAAAACUCAUAUUCUAAACAAGACGGAUCGCUUCUGCUUUUCUUUUGCUUCAAGUAACCAGCAUGUUGUUCUUUGUUGCUUCCAAUGGAAUGAUUGUAUUAUUUUUUCUUAUCUCAUCUUUCUGUUCCUGUUCCAGACUGCCUUCCCUCGUGUGUGCGCGUGCGCGGUGGGGCUUUAAACCCUCCGUGAACCCUCGGCUGAAGCUGUUAAGCAGCGCGCUGUUAUUGGUUUGUCUGCAGUGUUCAUUAUUAACGGGUUACUUUAUGGCUUCUGGUCUCGGGCUUCUAAUUUCCAGCCUCAGCAAAGGUCAAUUAACAGGCCUGAGUGAUGACAAACACACGCACACGCACGCACGGAGCGUUGGGAGUGGGGUGGGGGUGGGCUGAGGCCCCCUUUAGAUUUUAUUUUUAUUUUUUCAAGUGCCCACUUUCUCAGACUGGGCCUCGAAGGUGCAAUAAAUAAUACGAGCGGUAGGUGGCGCUCUGAACCCACCCCCGACACUUCUGAGAGGACGGCGGAGGGAGGGGGGUUUCUUUUCCCCGCCCAGCCCUUCAUCAUCACAAUCCUCUGCGCCUGAAUUACCUUUCUAAAGUCAUCGAGGAGAAUUUACAACUGGUCAACAAAAUCACGUGACCACACCCCUCCUCCCCGCUUUCUCUCUCUCUCGCUCUCUCCUCCCUCACCUCACCCCUCACCUCCCCCAUUACACACGUACACACACAUCUAGAUCCAACACACAUUCGCCACCCCCACCCCCAUGUUUGGACGGCUCAUACGGAGCUUAAAAAGCAAGUACAGUGCAACGCCAUAAUUCACUAAUACGUCAUAAAUCGUUGAAAGUGCCCGCGUUGUAACGACCAAGAGAAAACUCACAAAUCAAGCGCCCCUCACAACUCAGCUGUUCGCCUGCAACUCUCCCAAACAACUAAAUGAGCUCUUACUUUGUGAACUCGCUGUCGGGGCGCUACCCGAGCGGCUCCGACUAUCAGCUGCUGAAUUAUGGAGGCGGCGGCGGCGCAAUGAACAGCGGGACGUUCAGGGACUCUGCCAGCAUGCACCACGCGCCGGGCUCCUACGGCUACACCUACAAUGGCAUGGAUCUGACCGUCACCAGCCGGGGAGGAGGCACCGGCACCGGCAGCGCCGCGGACACCGGAGGACACUUCGCGGACUCCAGAGGCUUCGGCUCCGCGGAGAGGGGCUUCAGACAGCCGUCCAGCUGCUCCCUGGCCUCCGCGGCGGACUCCCUCCUGUCACCCGGCAUCGAGAAGAGCAAACUGGCCGCUCAGAGGUCGUCCCCGCACGCGGAGCAGGCAGGAAGCGGCAGCCUGUGCUCUCCGAACCUGUCCUCCUCCUCCGGUUCCUCCGGGGGGGCCGCGGCGCAGCGCUUCGCCGAGCUCGACGACGCACUGACCGAGACAGAGGAGCUGCAGCACACAGACGCCGCGCGCGGGAACAACCCGCCGCCCACGAGCGGCCACUCGCAGCCGGUGCAGAAGCAGGAGGGCGAGCCGGCGGGAACAGCUGGCGGCGGCACGGACAGCGACCCCCACACACCUCAGAUCUUCCCCUGGAUGAGGAAGCUGCACAUUAGCCAUGAUAUGACGGGCCCCGACGGGAAACGGGCGCGGACAGCGUACACGCGCUACCAGACUCUGGAGCUGGAGAAGGAGUUCCACUUCAACCGCUACCUGACGCGGCGGAGGCGCAUCGAGAUCGCGCACGCGCUCUGCCUCACGGAGCGCCAGAUCAAAAUCUGGUUCCAGAACCGGAGGAUGAAGUGGAAAAAGGACAACAAGGUGAAAAGCAUGAGCCUCGCCGCACCGGGGGGCAGCCACUUCCAACCGUAGAAUAUACUCUGAAAGACAGCAUCCAUCCACUCAUCCAUCCACCCACUCACCCAUCCAUCCUUCUAUCCAUCCACUCACUCAUCCUCCAGCCCUCUUUGCGUCCAGCGUCUCGCCUCGUUGAGGCUCCAAAGGAGAAAACGAGGCGAGCGGGAAAAAAAUGAAGAAAACUUGAAGACAAAUGCAGAAAAUGGAGAAGAAAACGACGGUGAUGAAGUGUGUCCUCAACGGGUUCCAAAUCCAGAUGUAAAAACUCUUUUUGUCAUCGUAUUUCCAGCUGUAAUGUACUGUACAGCAGCGGCACUUUGUAUUUGUUCAUUGUUUUGUUUUUAGUUGUUUUUUCUUUUUGGUCUUUCGGGGCAACUUGUAAGUUAUAUGUAUGUGUGGUACUAGCUCUUUAAAAUAAAAAAGAGUUUAUAGAAAACACAUCAGCAUUCACACAACCAAAAAAAAAAAAAAA